CCUAACCUCUGUCCUGACCUGGAAAAAGACAAGUGCAUCAGAUCUGGAACAGUUUCAUGAAGCUGCAUCUGUCAAAUAAUGAGAAGCACAUGAAUGCAUGUUCAGCAGAGGAUCAUCAGAAGCAACAAACACAAUGACAGCAGCCACAAAGCUCCUGGAUGAGCUGUGCCAUGUGACGGCCCAGUCUCUGUGCUCCAUGGACACAGAUGAGCACUUCCAUGUGCUGAAGCUCCUGGGGGAAGGCUCCUAUGGGAAGGUCAUGUUGGCCAUGCACAGGAAAAGAGGUACUCCGAUGGCCUUGAAGUUCUUCCCUCGUGAGUCCACCUCCCUGCUGUCUUUUCUCAGGGAGUAUAACCUGUCACUGUCCUUCUGCACUCAUCCGUCUCUGACCACUGCCCUAGGAAUCGCCUACUCCACACCCUCACAUUACAUCUUUGCCCAACAGCCCAGCCUCUUCGGCGAUCUGUACGACGUCAUCACACCUGAGGUUGGGAUGGAGGAGGACUGUUGCCAGCGGGUGGUGUCCCAGCUUUGUGGCGCUCUUUCCCAUCUGCACCGUCUCGGAUUUGUCCACAGAGAUCUGAAACCAGAAAACAUCUUCCUGUGUGACGCUGCCUGCCGAUGGGUCAAACUGGGAGACUUUGGAAUGGUGAAGGCCAGGGGAACCAAGGUCCCAGAGGUCUGGUACAGUUCUCCAUACUGCACCCCUGAGGCUGAGGUGGCCAGAGGAAACCAGGACAGCUGGAGGGAGAUGAAGGAGGAUAACGGCCACCAGAGGACCAGGACUGGGACCAGGACCAGGACCAGGGUGUGGGUGUCGGUGGAGCCCAGCACCGACAGCUGGGCCCUGGGCAUCCUCACCUACGCUAUGUUGACGGGCAGCCAUCCCUGGGCGGAGACAUCUGGUGACUGCCGCUCAUACCUGAAGUAUCGCCAAUGGGUUGACGGUGUGAAAAGCCCAGGCGAUGGACUGGACGUGUGGGCGGAGCCACAGGGAGACACCAGACCGAAUAGACAGAAGGACGGUCCUCCUGUGGCUCCACAGUUUACAUGUUUUACCCCUCUGGCGUGUUCGCUGUUCCUGUCACUGCUGGACCCGAGGCCAAAGCAUCGCGGUCAGCCUGAAGACAUGUUGGCUUUCCUGGGAGGACAGUGGAUGGUGGAGAAGGAGAGGGAACGACUAGAGGAGGAGAGGAAGAAGAGUGGAUGAUGGAGAAGGAGAGAAAAUGACUAGAGGAGAGGAAGAAGAGUGGACGAUGGAGAAGGAGAGAAAACGACUAGAGGAGGAGAGGAAGAGGAGCCCUGAGGAGCAUGAAGGACAUGGAAGGGAGAGGACAAUGAUGAACCCAGACUGGACAAGGACAGACUGGACCAGGACAGACUGGACCAGAACAGACUGAACCAGGACUGUCAGACUGGACCAGAAAAGGGUUUGUAUUAUAUUUUAACAAUUUCUUCUACUAAAAUAGGUCAAAAAUAAUCAUUUUUUCCAGUUAUUUUACUUCUGCAUUUAAGCACUUUUAAAGUACUUACAUAUGUCACAGAAAUACAUGUUAUGAUUUGGAUGCUUUUUUCCUUGUGUAUUUUUUCUUUAAUUUGUGAAAUGCAUUAAAUUCUGUUUAAUGUAAGAAAAAAUACUGAGUUACUUUUUUAGUCUGUUUGUAAAGACUAUCACAAUGUAAAAAUGCACAAAAUGGGUUGAUGUGUAUAAAUGAAAAAUCGUGUUAUUUUGUACUGAUAUGACUUAAA